AAGUUGUGGCCAGAGCUCUACUCGACUUCAGGGAGGCAGUGUUGGCACAGUGCCGAAACCAAGCAUCACAUCGCCAGCGAUCGCGACGCCACAAGAACAGACUCUAGCUCUCAUGUCGCUUCUGGGCUUGAAUAAAGAGCAGGACUCACUGCAGCAGCCACUUGGUCAUGUAACUCGUAUGUACCCGCAACAGCAACAGCCGCUGAAAUUUCAAUCACAAAUAGUGGAGCGACCACUUCCUGGACAAAUGCCUAAACUGCCACAGCCUCCGCUCUUUUGGCAGAAGGAGGCUCAGCAGCAAAAACAGCAGGCACAACAAGCCAACCGCGUUCAGAGCCAACAUUGCUUUAAAUCUCUGCAGACACUGGAGGUAGAUCUUCGUCAGAAAGAUGCGUGUCUCGCACAGCAGCAUGCUAAUCACCAGAAUCAAAUACAACAACGGCAUUCUCAACAGAUGCCCCCCCAUAUUUCCCCAAUGACUAAUAACAACGGAAACCAAGCAUAUUAUAAUAAACAACUGGGGCAUGAAGUCUACAAUAACAGCAACCCUCUGACAACACUUGAGCAGAAACAGUAUCAGGCACAACAUCCCCAGCAUCUGCAAUAUAUAGUCAGUUCCAGACCUCAUUAUUCUUCUAUAAAAGACUUUGUGCCCAUACAGGCAUAUCGUCCCAAGAUAUCGCAGCGCCCUCAAUCCAUCGGUCAAAUAGAGGCAGAAGUGCCGUCAUCGACAACAGAAGGAGAAGUAAACUCCCCGAACUAGUCCUCGGAAGGCAGUACCAAAAAAAUUACUGCUGCACUGAAACAAACGCUGAACACACAGCCUUCGACAUCACAAGCUGAAUGUACUACCAUGUUAGCUGGGAAGGUCGAUUCAGGUGCAGGUGCAGAUGCAGAUGCAGGUGGAGGAUCCACAGCAGCCCAGCUAAAGAUGAAGAAACAACGAGUUCCUCGAUUAUAUUAUACAUUGAACUCAAAAGACGAAGACAACGGGACACAUAGAAAUCACACGCAGCUCGUUGAAAUAAAUUAUCUUAAUAUUAA